CGCACGUAGACCUUAUCCUUUCCUUUUAUCAACAUAAAAGAAGUGAAGUGUGGUUGGUUCCCAAACAAAAGAGUGUGUGUGAGUGAUGAAGAAGCUGAAUGGAGGAGUGUACGCUGCCAUAAUUGUUAUCCUACAAUUACAAGCGGUGUUGGUGAGUAGUAGUAGCAGUAGUAUUGAUUCAAUUUCAGGUGAGGCCUCAGAGGAUGGAAUACCAGCUCCCUCACCAUGGCCUGACCAAUUUCACGCCCUCCUGUACAUGAACUUGUCGUCCAGUGGUCAUCUUCAGAUCACCAACCUCUGGUACGACUGGCCCAGAGGUCGUAACGUUAAUAUAAUACAGAAGCAAUUGGGAGUGCUGUUAUACGACGUGGAGUGGAACAACGGCACCUCCUUCUACUACACGCUGCAGCAGCAGCAGGAGGAGGGCGGCAAUGGCAAUGGUACUUGCCAGAUCAUUGAAUUCGAAGUUGGUAUCCCUCGGCCGGACUUUCUUGACGGAGCAAAAUACCUGGGAACUCAACUCACCGAUGGCUUUCUGUGUAACGUCUGGGAGAAGGUAGAUUUCAUCUGGUACUAUGAGGACGUACUCACCAACCUCCCCGUGCGAUGGGAUUUCUAUGAUGGAAUUUCGACACACGUGAUUACUUUUGAGGUGGGAGCAGUGUUGCAAGAUUCAGUGACUCAAGCCCCUGCAUACUGUUUUAAGCAGGAGCAGGACACUGCUAUUAUUAAGAGAAGCUUGCAAUUGGAAGCCCAAAACCGAUGGAGGUUAUAUAUAUAAUAUAUAAUACUUUCACACUAAUAUAUGUCACUAUAUUGAUUAUAUAUAUAAUAUAUCCGACUCUCUUUUGGUUGGGAGGGAAAAAAUGAAGAUAUUAUGUUUGAUUGUUGUUGAAUUCUAUAUCUUUAUACACUAUAUAUGACACAAAAUUUGUAUUUGGAUUGACUGUAAGUAAAUCAACGUGGUGUGUAAAGAUGCUUGUUUGAUUAUCAA